UUGUUAAACGGAAUUUUGUCAUGUUUGAAGGAUUACUUACUGAAUGCAACAAGGCAUUUAGACUCAAAAAACGCACCGGAGUUGAGCUGUUGGAAACCCGCUCGCUAACAUGCUAUAGCUUGCUAGCUACAAUGUCGCGGUGACAGGGAGCGUGCGUUUUGCAUGCCUAGUUUUUUCUAGUUCUAGUGCAUGUUUAUUAUUGACGUUUCUAAGGAUAAAUGUUUUCCUUAGCCGUAAAAACUUUGUUUUAUUGUCCCUUCGGUUGAAAAUUUUUUUUUUUUCGUGAUAAAGGACAAAUAUGUUUCAGGAUCAUCAUUUUAACAGGAAAGCGAGAAGCAGAGCGUUCUGUCAACUGGUCUGUGGAGGAGACCCAGGCGCUGCUGUGCGCUUGGAGCGAUGAAAGGGUCCAAAAGUCUCUCUCCGAGAACCUGCGGAACAAGCAUGUGUUCAAGCACCUCUCUGCCCGAAUGAGCUCCCUGGGUUUCUCGCGCAGCCCUCACCAGUGUCGGCUGCGCGUGAAGACGCUGAAAGCCAACUAUGUGCGAGCCAAGCUCCUGAGGAGCGUGGACGGAGGGCAGCCGUGCACGUUCAGGUAUUACGCGGAGAUGGACGCGGUUCUGGGAAGAACGCGGUCCACUGAGCACGGUAUCCACGUAAUCUCCGAAGUGAAAUCGGAGGACGACCGCGAGGCAUCCACGGACGAGUUCGAGUUUAGCAACCCCGGCUUCUCACAGUCCCUGCCCGUUGAAGGCCCUGCUGUUUUUAUGGAACCACAUAUUGCUUCAAUACCUACAACCAUGUCCGUGGAAGAGGACCUGAGCUCCAAAACUCCAACACCACCCCUUCCACCACCACCGCCGCCACCGCACCCCCUGUCCCCACCCACGGCAGACCCCGGCAGGCCCCAGCCCCUGGAGCCGGCGAUCCGGUACCUGGCCGACUGCUUCCAGCGGAUGCUGUGGGAGUGGCGGCGGCUGGUGGAGCAGCUGGAGGGCCAGCGGCACGAGCAGGCGCGCUGGCAGCAGGAGCUCCUGGGCAGGUGGCUGGAGCAGCAGGACCGGCGGCAGCAGGAGGCCGCCGAGCGGGAGGCCCGGCGGGAGAGGGCGCGCAUGGACCACGAGCUCCGCGUCCUGCAGCUGCUCACCGGCCUGCAGCGCCCCCCGCCCUGCCAGUGUGCCCAGCGCACAUCCGCCCCCCAGCACAGACUGCCCCCCCACGACCGCGGCGCGCAGGAGAGGACAGACCAGGGGGCAGAGUGAAGCCUCUACUCCUGAACACACCUGUACUGCCCACAGGAUCCAGGCUCUCCAACAUGUAUAGCAUAUUUAACUCUUUUUUUUUUUUGGUAUUUAAAUUCUUAUUUUCUUUUUCUACAAGAUGCUCAGUUGUGCUCUAUAAACUUUUGUCAGAGGUCUGAAAUGAGUAACUUUGCAACCAGAUGUAAUCUUAUUGGUCAAGCCUUUUGAGAUUUAAACUUUAGUUACACAAAUUGUAAAUCUAAGAAGUGCUUAGAUUAAUUAACUAAAAUAAAUUAAAUUAAAAUAAACAAAAAAAUCAUCAUGGUUUUAAGCACCCUGUAUGAUGGUUCUUGUCUUGCCCCCUACAUUUAAAAUCAUUUACAAUAAUUGUCUUUACAGAUACUCUAUUUAGUGUUGUACAUAAAAGACAGUGUGUUGCCAGACAUGAUAAAACAAGACAAUCGUUUCAGGAAAUCUCAACAGUCAAGAAUAUUGUAAUGUAAAUAAAUGUACAGCACAUAUAGCCUUGUUUUAUAAAAUUUCGAUUUUUGUACCAAUAAAAAUGUUUGGUAUCAUUUGA